AUGAGGGCUACUCCACCACCACUCCGCCGCACCACCGGUUCCAUGUCCCCCGAUGUCUUCCUCCCCAACCUCGAGGCCCGCACGCUCCACCUUCGUGAGCACAGGACUGCCGCCGACGUAUCCACCGUCACACUCUCCUCCGACCUUGACGUCGUCAUUAAGCACGAUCCGUUCGAGCUUACCGUCCACCGCGCUAGGUCGGGCGAUCCCGUGCUCUCCUUCAACUCCCACGGCCUCUUUGACUUCGAGCCGAUGCGGGAGCAAGCCGCCUCCACGCCGCGGGCCCGACGCCGCCGACGUGUUGGUCCGGCUUGUGUUCCUCGCCGCCGCCUACCAACUGCUCAAUGA